AGAAAUGAUGAUGAUGAUGAUGAUGAUGUAUGGAUGAAACAAACCAGUCAAUAACACCUGUCUGACUGUGUAAACAACAACAACAAUAAUAUUCAAAAAUAAAAGAGCACACAGAGUUGUUGUUGUUUUUAAUUUUAUUUUUAUUCACAUUUUAUAUCCCACUCUUCCCCCAAGGAGCCCAGAGCGGUGGGUGUACUACAUACUUAGGUUUCUUCUCACAACAACCCUGUGAGGUAGGUUAGGCUGAGAGAGAAGUGACUGGCCCAGAGUCACCCAGCUAGUAUCAUGGCUGAAUUGGGAUUUGAACUCGGGUCUCCCUGGUCCUAAUCCAGCACUCUAGCCAUUACACCACGGUGGCUCUCUUAGUUUAGUUUAGUUCCUUCACUUCACCUUUAAUCUUUUCCCACAAUCCUCCCCCGCUCUAAAACAAGUAGAAGGGAAAGUGGGGAGGGAUUUUGUGACCAGAAAAGGACGCUUAAAGUGCUGCUUCUGUAACUGGAGAAAGAGCUGCUGUUGAUUCAGAGUCUCCACCCCAGCCAGUUCCAGUGGCCUGAAGGAAUUCUCUGAAGGAGAAAAUUGCUUGGGCCCUGUUCAGAUUAACAUACAUGAACAGAGUAAUGCCCAAAUUCCUUCAGAACUUGUAACUGUGUGAGCUUUUGUGUGGAUAUUAUUGAAGCAGGGCAUACUUUGCCCCUGACUUCCCCCCAGUAUGCCUCUGUCCACCACAUUUAGUGGGACUGCUUGCAGUUGCGCUGCAUGAAACAGCCCAAACCAGACUGGGAUUUCUCUGUAGAAACUCAGUAAUACUACAACAGGGAGGCGGCGACAGUGCUAUACAUUCCAUAUAACAGUACAGUUGUGAACCAUGCUAAAGUAAGACCUGCCCUUCAGGACAAUUCCUUCAGAAGUUGAUAACUAAGCUUUUGAAUACAUCACAAAUCAGAAAAAAAAAAUGUUUGCAGCCUUGAAAUACCAUGCAGUAGACUAUUUAUAUGAGAAAGUUUCCCAACAGAGAUUUUUCUUUGAACGGUUAUCAAUUCACAUCCCUUCCUGUUUAUACAAAGAUAAAAAUUAUUAUCAUGAUGGAGACUUUGCGGAUGAUAAAUACAGGAGACCAUGGACAAGAGUUUCAGUUGAUUCCAUUCAAAUUGUGAUGAAUUUUUCUGUGCUUGAUCUUUGGAAGGAAUAUUUCUACAUAGAAGAUUUCUUGGAGAAGAAACCUAUUUCAAGCAUUCCCAUCAAUAUUCAUAAUGAAGAUAUUGAAGUUGUUCCGAGUUCAAAUCCUUGUUCUCAGUGUGAGCCAGAAGAUGCUUAUUUGCUUAUAAAGGAUGACAGCAAGCAAGAAUUUAGUGAUGCCAGUCAUUUACAGCUAAAUUAUGUCCCAGUAAUACUUAAAGAACAAGAAGAAGAAGAUUUGUAUAUUGAAGAUGAACUUGUUUUUACUGACCAUUUGACCCAAUAUGCUAAAUUGCUACCUAAUCUGCGUACCCUCUUGAGCCGGCUCAGCAUUUUCCGAGUGCAGGAUCCCCUUUUAAGUUCCAGCGGAAACAGUAUCACAGAGGAGGACAUCUUCAGAGAGUGCUUUACAUUCAAAAGGAGUGUGGCAUCUCAAGUGAAGAGGACAGCAUUGUAUGAAGAUGUUUGCAAAGUGACUUUAAGUGAAGAGGAGACACUUGUACUUCCUCUUGAGUUACAAUCCUACAAAACAUCAGACCUCAGACUGAACCCAGAGAUUCCAACAUGUUUAGCACUGAAAUCUUUAUUACAAGUAGCUCCGGAAGUUAUAGCAGAUGAAAGUGGAAGUUAUAAAAUAACCAGUGAAGAUCUUGCAGUGAAAAUUACACCUGAGAUAGAAAUUUCAGCAUAUUGCUCCACACAAGAAGUUUGUUCCAGUCAAAAUGAAAGUGAACUGGAAUUCAGCGAAUUACCAAGUUACACUUCAUUCCAUGCUAGGGAAUUGGAGGUCCCACUGACUCCUCCAUGCAGCUCAGGGAAGGUGCAUGUGAAUUCACUGUAUGCAACACUACAAUCAGAACCUGUUUCCCCCUUAAGUAAAAGUUUUUUUAUUACAGAAUCCACUAAAGUGCACUUAGAAGGUCUGUUAUGGCAGUCAGAAAAAUACCAAAAUACCAUGAGUUCCCUUUUACUUGCAGAGCUUCAGACUUCUGUGCCUACAUGUCAACAGCUUCUGGUUACAGAACUGAAAAAACUCUUUUCUAUACAUGAAGACAAGUCAGAAUUCAGCACAGUGGAAGAAGAUGGGUGGAUUAAUUUAAGAGAAAAUAUGGCUUUUCCUUGUAUUUUAGAAACACUGAGCACAGAUUUGGGAGAUGGGGACAGCUUUAUUUCCACGAAUGUAGAGCAAUUCUCAAAAAUUGCCACCUUUCAUUUACAGAGAUGGCUCGAAGAGAAGAAUUCCAUUGCUAAAAAUAAAGUGGUGUCUGUUGGUGCCCUUGACUGUGGUGGAACAAAGGAUCCUUGUUGGUCUCCUCAGAAGAAAGAAACAUUCCUUCCACUACCCUUGGGGCAUUCAUCAGGUGUACAUCUACAUGAUGAAAAUAUUGAAAAACAAGUUACAAAAGACAAACUACUACACAGUGAAACAGAAACACCAUUGCAUUUUGGAAAACACAAAGAUCAAGAAAAUUAUCAAUUGAAACCAUCCAUCUGCAAAAAGGUGUCUGUUGAACCAAACAGCACAUUAGGAGACAAAAAGAUGAUAUCUUUUGAACAACCUAGAAAAUGUGGAGAUGAUUUUGAUCUUCUGAGCAAUUUCAUCAUGUUGAGAUCUAAACAUAUGAUCACCCAAAGUGAGGAAACAAACAGUGUGGAUAUUCAAGAAGAAGUUCCAGUUGCUAAGGAAGAGAGCCCAGCAUUUGAAACCCAUGACAAUCCUGUUGUCCCUCAUCCUGCAGUCCCUAUGGAAACAAAGGAAAAUGAAGAAAUCGUCUCCAUACAGAUUAAAGCAUCAGAGAACCAGUUUGAGGCAUAUCAUAUUCUUGAAGCAACAGCGGCUCCUGUUUUGAAAGAACUCCUGAGUCUUGGCAUGCAUAACUGGAGAUUUGCUACCCUUAAUUUUGAUGACACCAGAUUUUUCUUAAAACAGCAAGAGAAAGUGAUCAGCGAUACUUUUAAACAAGGUGUGACAGGUACAGAAGAUGCAAGAGAUAUUACAGUAUUCAAACAUGCUGCUAUUCUGCAUUUGCUGGUAACGGUUCGAGACCUCUUACUAACAUGUAGCUUGAACACUGCAUUAGGAUAUUUGUGCAAGGCAAAAUAUAGGUAUAAGGACUUCCUAGGCUCUAGCAUGGAUAAUAUUUGGAGACAGCUGAAGAUUGUGCAGUUUGCCCAGCAGAAGGAGCAUAAAGCCACUCCGAAGAUAACCAAGCUGCAGUUCAAAAUGCUAAAGUGGGUGCAGAGCAAUACAGAUGAGCAGAAUAAGGUCGUAAUCGUGACUAGGAUGGAUUUUGAUGAUGAAAUGGAUGCUCUAAUCAAGACAAUUAAUACAGUGCCAGCAGGUUUGAAGGCUGUGUAUUUGGAUUCAGAAAAAAAAGGAGCUUUGCUAGACAGCAAAAAUAUCAUAAGUAGUUUGGAGAAAUGUUCCUGCGUGAUUGUACAUAAUCAGCACAUUGGACCCGACUUUCCUUGGACUCAUUUUUCAUUAGUGGUGGAGUAUAACUAUUCAGAAAAUUCCUGCUGGUUUGAUAUUUGCAAAAGUCUGAAUAUCUCUUAUAUAACUUUUGUAACAGCUCUCCCAGAAACUGUUGAGAUAGAAGAGGUUUCUCCGGGUAAUUUUGGAUGUGUACUUCUUGGGGUUCAGAUUCCCUAUAUUUUCCUGACAUCUGAGGGACUUCUCAACAUGCCAGAAAUUCUUCAGUUACUGGAGUCCAAGUACAAUAUUACAUUUAUUGAGAGAAGCUGCUGUGAGGCAUUACAGUUAUUUGGAAGCACAGACCGUUACGUUGUGGUGACUGUAGAUGAAUGCACUGUCAUCGUUAUGCAGAACAUAGAAGAACUCAAUUAUGAAAAGUCCUCUGAUAAUAUUGUGUUAAGAUUGAUGGUGUUAUCACUCCAGUAUAGCUGCUGUUGGAUUAUUUUUUACUCGAGGGAAAGGCUGAAUUCUCAGUAUAUCUUAGCUGGAAAGACUCUGCAUCACCUAGCCUUAAUUUAUGCUGCCUUGGUUCCAUUUGCCCAGAAGUCAGAAGACUUUGAAGUGAAGGUGGCUCUUACACCAGGAGUUGAAGAGACAGCACUCUUCAUUCGUCAGGUUGCUGACUACAGUCUGAUGACUUCUAAAAGAGAUCCUCAGGAGUGGCUGGACAAAUCCUGGCUGGCUGUCUUGCCAUCAGAGGCAGAGAAAUGCUUGCUUACAUUUCCAUGCAUAAACCCUCUUGUGGCUCAAGUCAUGUUAAAGAAAAGUUCUUCAUUGGAGUGGCUGCUGUCAACAACUUUUGACAAACUUCAGGAACUUUUGCCUGAAGUGCCAGAAAGGAUUUUAAAGCACUUUAGCAAUAUCACAUCAAUGUACACCUUAAAUCCUUCAACUGAAUCAAAACCUUCAGAAGAAACAGUGCCACUUCAUACUAACAUGAACACUGCCACCAGCUUCUGCUCUCAAGUUCCUUUUUCUGAGGUUUUGCUCUCCAGUUCUCAAGAACACAGUCCACAUGAUCAAUAUUCAAGAUGUUUUAAUAAAGAAGAGUACAGCAUGCCUUGUUCCCCGAGUUACUACCAGCAUGAGUCUCAUGCUCCUCUGAAACCAAAUGCAAGGCGCAUAUUAAUGGCAUCUCCAGUAUCUUAUCAAGCAGAUGCCUGUUCCUUUCAAGAAAGAGAUCAUAAUACAGAGAUAGAGGGCCAACAUUGUCUCCCAUUUCUGAAACAUUUGGAAACAGAGAGAAGAGCAUCUUCAUCCCUCCCAACACUGAACAAUUUGGGGGAAUCUACCCUUAGUAAUUUUGUAACCAAAAUGCCACCUCUGGGAUACAAUGAAGGUGACACUAACUUUUAUCUUGAAAAUUGCCCACAAAAUGGAACAUGCCUUUCAAAAGUAACAAGAGGACCAAAGCUGGAUGUCCCAGUCCUGAUGAUGAACCCAACCUAUAUCGAUAAACAAAUUUUACAUGGGGUGGAAAAGCACCCUCCUGUGAAACAGUGUAACUCUAGCCAAGAUUCCACAUAUUCUUGGUACCUUGUGUCUAACAGAGAAGACUUUCCAUUCCUAGAUAGUUUUCUAGGAGAAUUUGGCAGGACAGCAUAUGGCAGGACAGCAUAUAGCAGUCCAGAAUUUCAGUUUGAGGAGAGGUUCUGGGAUGACAAACCAUGCACACAGAAAAUGGCUUUAUCUCCAAGUUUCUACAAAGAAGGGUCCAAUCCAGAUAGAUUAUUUAGGAUAGCUGGAGAAUAUAAAAGACCAAAUUUCUUAUCGUCUAAUCAAAGAGAACAAAAUGUUUCAGCAGCAGGUUUAGAAUUCACACAAAUACCACAGCUUAAAAAAAGACGUCUAACAUUUGAAAAAGAUCCUGGGAGAAGUGAUGGGCAAACACGUCUUAAAUUCUUUUAAAGGAAAUGGCAAGUGAACCCUUCUGUUCCAAUAUGACAGUUUCAAAAAGAGCAAUUUUAAAAUGAUUGAUUUUGUACUCACUCAUUUUUAACACCGUUAGGCUUUUCUUAUCUGUUAGCAAAAGUGUUUGUGCAUGCUUAGUUUGUUGUCAAGAUUUUAGGAAAUAGAUUGAUCUGAAAAAAUACAUGUUGAUGCAACUAUCAAAAUAAAUCAAAGCCCUGCUGUUUAA